UCUAUGUAAGCCAAUACCAGUCGAUUGGAAUAAUGUGGAUCAAAGGAAUUGUCAUCCUCUGUACUCUUGCGUUUUCACACGCUCUGAUCCCGCCAACCGAGGAACCUGAUGCGUUCACCUUACAGCCGCCCUAUCUUUACGAAGGAGGAGCCCGUUGCAGUGUGGACAUAGGCUGCCUGACGCUCACGAAUUCGUCAAGCGUUUCGGGCACGGAUGGCAUUGGUCAGUACGUUGGCAUCUUCAACACCCACAGUACUCCACUGGGUACCAGGAUGACCACCCUAGCGAAGGUCUAUGACGAUUUGGACGUCACGGUCUAUGAGACCAGCUUCCCGGACGGUCUUGAAGGUUGUUCCAUGGGUGACAGAAAUGGCGUGUGCACGGGCUACCCGGUGUUCAACCUCGUGAACGCCGCGUCCAACACUGUCUUCCGUUACGUCACGCCAGGGGAUAGCAUGACUGGCUGGAACCUCUACUCGCAGGGAAGUUUCUGGUCAUCAUACCGUCAGUUUCGGUCAGGGGAGAUGGGAGGCAUCGCAGGUUUCAUCAUCCCGGACUCGUACAGUGUUGUGAUGUCAGCACUCCAACAUCCUAUGGCCGUUAACAACUGGUUGGAUGUUAAUGGGACUUCGGCGUCUCUCCACUACGGGGUGCAAGGCCUUGCCGACUCGAUUCCCGCCGGCUACAGCAUAAGCGUCAUCGCUGUGACAGGCCGCAGAGAAAGUAGCACCAGCUUCGUCUCUACCGUCCUGAAGUGGGGGCAAAGUGUACAGAUGAAGAACGAUGUCGUCAAGAUACCUGACUACACCACCGAGUAUCUCGGUUACUGGACGGAUAAUGGUGCUUACUAUUACUAUAACAACGACCACUUCGAAGACUACGAAAAACUCAUAACAAGCCUUAACCAUUUCACAAUUACGCAACAAAUACCCAUCAGGUACAUCCAACUGGAUUCGUGGUGGUAUUACAAAGGUGUUGAUAAUGGCGUCAAGAACUGGACAGCGAGACCCGAUAUAUUUCCGCACGGCAUCGCGCCGGUACAUAAUGCUACUGGGUGGCCCAUUCUCGCGCACAACAGAUACUUUUCAAGCGACAAUGUCUACGCAUCACAAAACGGAGGGAACUAUCCUUUCUUCAUAGACGAAGAAAACAAAAAGGCUGUGCCUCUGGACAAGCACUUUUGGGAUGAUCUCUUUGACGAAGCACGACAGUGGGGACUAAGUGUCUACGAGCAAGAUUGGCUGGAUCGCGAAUACGAGGGCGUCAGUGCUCUGCACACCAACAUAACACUGGGUGACGACUGGCUUCACAACAUGGCGUCGUCUGCAGCGCAGCGUAACAUCGCUGUGCAAUAUUGCAUGUCUUUGCCGCGAGAAGCUCUGCACGGCGCUGCUGAGGAAGCUGUCACGCAAAUACGCGUCAGCGAUGACUAUCAUUUGGCAACGAACCAAUGGAGGAUCGGCCACACAUCCCUGUUUGCCCACGCUCUUGGGCUGAAGCCGUAUAAGGACGUCUUCUGGACCACCGAGCUGAACAACAACAACCCCUUCACCUGGUGCCAGGUCUUCCAGCCCACGCUCCAGGGAAUCACUACGAACUACGUCGGACAUAUUAAUGUUACUGAGUCGGGAGUGCCGUGCGUUUACUGGGAUUCUAUCGACUUCCGGGCACAAUAUCCUACCUACUCGUUGCCUGAGAACUUCUGCCGCAACCCUGGCAUGUUGCAUGACCGAGCCUUCUGCUUCACCAAUGCUUCUCUUGACUAUCCCGAGGAAUUGUGGACAUGGGAAUAUUGUGACGUGCCCACAUGCGAGACGGAUUGCUACGUUAGAGAAGGCCGCUACUACAUCGGCAACCAGAGCGUCACUGAAAACGGGCACAACUGCGUCGACUGGAACGGAUAUUUUGGCCUCACCGGUGCUCGAUGCCGCAAUCCAGACGGCACGGAAGAUAGGCCAUGGUGCUUCAUUACUGAGGACUAUACCGCCAUUGAUUUCUGUGACAACAAGUGCCCGGAAGCGGAAGAGUAUAGUCCUGAUUUGCAGUCCGCUGUUGCUACCUUGAGCGCUGGACCUGUAGGAAUAGGCGACAAGAUGGAAAACAUUAACCGGAGUUUGGUUUUCAAAUCAUGCCGCUCUGAUGGGAAGCUUCUUCAACCUGGCAAACCACUCACAGCCAUCGAUAUGUACUUCCUUUCUGAUUCAAGACCGAAUAUCUGGACCUCGGAGACAACCAUUUCUUCCAAGUACACUUUCGGGCUAAUUUUUAUUGCAGAAGUUUCCCAACGUUACUCACUGUCCGCAAGUGAGUUAAAUCUCGAGAAAUCUUUGUCAGGUACUACCCUUCUUUGGUAUAACUACCCAUACAUUGAUCAACUCACCAUAUAUCCUUCCAAUACGGACAUCGAAACGCCCAAAACCGGAGGAUUCCGGAACUUUGUUAUACUGGCAACCUCGCCGAUUUUUGAAAUAAAUGGUGAUACAUACGCUAUCUUGGGGGAAGUUGAUAAAUGGGCUCAUGUGUCUUCUACUCGGAUCACGGACAUUACUAUCGAGGAACAGGCUUUCCUGGUCAGGAUCGAUAAGUACUCAGAUGAAUCUGUGUACAUGCGCUUCUACAAAAACGGAUUCAUUUUUGAAAUUGCUUGUUCUCUUAAUAACAAUCUCAUAGACGUCAUUGCGAGGACUUGCUCCUAAUGGUGACAUGUGGAGCGGCGUUUAUAAGGUUCAUUUUAGCGUCAAAUUGCAGUAAGAAAAUGCAUCAUGUCAAAGUUCUUGAAUACAAAUAAUUCUGCUUUCAAAUGCUUUUAACAGCAGAGAAUUAUGAACAUAACAGAUAAGUAUUUGAAAUUUUAACCGGCUCCAUUUGUUUGACCAUUUAUUUUCAUUUUCAAUCUUUUUAAUAAACUAUUAUGGCUAUAAAUUCCCAUAUUUGUAGUCAUUUAUUUCCUAUCGUUUUGUUGAAGCUAGCCUAUGUCAGGGCAGUGAUGCCAAAACCAUCUAUUUGCAGAUAACAAUCUCCAUGUAUACUGUAUAUGCCAUGCUGGCAUAUAAAAUUGUGCAAUUAGUUCAAAAAUGUAUUUGUUCUGAAUUGUUGAUAAUGUAGACACUUUAUACCACAAAAAUAAAGAAAAGCCUUGUUCGUCAUUAUUUAAUCAAUCUAAUGAAGCAGUUUUGGGGAUUGUGGUUUUGCAUUUUAUGCAAAUUAUGGCGUCUGAUAACCCAUUGUUCGUUCGGAAAACGGACUUCUUAAAAAAAGGCCAC